UUGAUAAACGAAACAGAGUACAACUGAAUAUCAUUCUUCUUAAAUUUUGUAAUCUAUAAUAAAAUCUGAUGAAAAAUACAAAGCUCAGGAGCUAUAGUUAACAAUGUUUCAAUUAGCUUUGAACCAUAUUGUCUUGGGAGCGUUUGCCGCCAUUGCGAGUAGUUUGGUCGGCAUGACAACCUACCGCACCGUCACCCUAGAGCAGGACACAGUGGUCGACUUCAUCGUGGUUGGUAGCGGCAGCGCAGGCAGCGUCGUGGCCUCGCGACUCUCCGAGAACCCGAACUGGGAGGUGCUGGUGCUGGAGGCUGGGGGGCAGCCGCCCCCGGAGAGCAAAGUGCCUGGUCUGAGCAGCUACGGCUUGUUAUCUGAGAGCAAAUAUAAUUACGAUUACAAAGUUGUUACGCAACGACACGCUCUGCUUAACUACGUCAAUCAGGGAAACUUCUACCCCAGAGGGAAGGUUAUCGGCGGGACAAGUACAAUAAAUUUCAUGGUCUACUUCCGAGGCAACAGAAAAGACUACGACAGAUGGGCUGGGAUGGGAAACACUGGCUGGGACUACGAUUCUGUUCUACCGUUCUUUAAAAAAAUUGAAAACUACAAAGGAAAACAUGCUAAAAAAUAUGCAAAGUAUCACGGGCGAACAGGCCCCCUGUCCGUAGAAAGCAUGCGAUGGGACUCUCCGUUCACCAAAUACUUCAUGGCGGCUGGUAAAGAGCUCGGACUCAAACAAGUGGACUUUAAUUCUGAGUACCAUGUUGGUGAGUGA